UCUGGAUCGCCGUCCACCAGUGUGUCUCGACGCCGAACCCGAAUGCGCCUCCUCCUGCAGUUCAAGGGCAAGACGACCGAGGUGCACGCCGACAGUGCCGACACGGUCAUUGCCGCCGCGCACGACGCUCUCGCGCUGCCGUCUGACGAGUGGCGUCUCAAGAUCGUCGCGAAAGGGAAGCAGCUCCAGCCGGGAGCUUCCUUGCCCGCGCUGGCCGAGGGCGCCAAGCUCAUGGUGAUGGCAUCGUCCAUCACCGCCGUUGAGCGCGGGCUGACCUCGCGAUCAGACCCGACGGUGCGUGGUUUUGCAGCCGAGGACGAGGCGGCUUCGCGGCGUGCAGCCGACACGGCGGGUGGCGCAGACGAGGUGAGCGUGUGGUGCACCUCGCAGGAUGCAGAGCACAAGUUCUGCCGAUUCGAGCCGUGCACGUGGCAGAGCUUCGGCACUCGCCCCUCGUCGACCACCCCGCACGCCUUCGAGGCGCGCAAGCUGCUGCUGCGGCUGGCUACCGACCCGGCGGUGGUGGGCAUCAUGCGGGAGCGUCGGUAUCGGGUCGGGACGCUCGCCGAGAUGGACCCGAUCGACGACCGGCUCGCCGAGAAGAUGGAGGGCGGCGGCAAGCGGCUGCUCGGCUACAACACCAACCACGGGAUGUCCAUCCACGUGCGGCUCCGGACGAUGGACUUGCGCGGCUUCGAGGCGUACCCGUCCCUGGUGGACACGCUGCUGCACGAGCUGGCGCACAACGAGGUCGGGCCGCACAACGACCUCUUCUGGCACCUCUUUGCCCAGCUCAAGGCCGACUACCUCCGCCACCACGCGCGCCUUGCGCAGAGCGGUGCGCUCUUCAGCGGCGCGUCGCCGCUGCAGCUCGCCGGCGUCGCCGAGCAGGCCCUCCUGCCCGAGGCAGCCGGCUCCUCCGCACCGGGGUCGCUCACGCGGCGGCCUGCGCCUGCAGGUGUCUGACGUGCGCGCCGCAGUCUUGGGCACCGUCGCUCGCGACCGCAUGGCGCCGCUCCCUCCGGCGCAGGAGGCGCUGCUCGACGGCUACUUCUCCCUCACCGAGCGGCGCGGCGGGAACGCUGUGGGCGGGGCGGAGCGGCAGGGCGACAGCGGCGAGGGUGCGUCGCACGCUAGCGCGAGAGCCUUGGCGGCAGAGCGCGCGGAGGCGCGCCGUCUUCAGCAGCAGCAGCAGCAGCAGCAGCAGCACGGCGAGCGGGAUGGCGGCGGUCGUGACCACUUGUGAGGAGGGGCGGUCGUGACCAGCGAGACGAUCAUAUCGUAUCGAAAUGUACCAGUGGCACCGGCGCUCUGGCGGCCUUCCGCCCACAAACGCCGAUUUGACCGAAGAGCGCCGCUAGUUCCGAAGACCAGUCUAUUUGUCGAACCGG